GGACAGUGUGUGUUCCUGAUCGGGAGAGGACCAUGCAUCAUUAAGCUGGCUUUCACAAGGAUAUAGGACUCACCCUGGAAGAUUUUCUCUUUUUGUGUUCUCCUCCUCUUCCAUCACACCUUUCCCUCCCCCUCCCCUUCCCCUACUCCCCUUUCCCCUUCGUUCUCAGGCAGUUAUCCGCCCUUCUCUGCUCCUGCUUCAGGCGGCUCCUCCGGGUAUGCUCCUUAAGCCAAAGUAUGACCGCUUUCGCAACGAAUCUGUGACCUCCUCUGAAGACCUGAUGCAGAGCAUAGCCAUGAGCAGCAAAGUUGUGGCCACGCCAGUGGUCUCCUCCACACGGAGCAUUGCUCUGCCUCCCCUGCCUCCUCUGGAUCCCAGCGCCAGGUCGUCCUCCUCUGCUGGAGCUGCAGCCCUGGCAGACUCCCCCUGCCUGGACGGGGAACAGGAUGCCACCACAACAUUCUGCAUGCUCAUCCCCAAGAUGCCACAGUGGAAGUUCUCCAACGCCCUGCUCAGCCGAAGCCCGUCCGGCUCCAGCUCCAGCAAGGACUCAGGCAGGGCAGCGACAGCUGCUUCCCACGCCUCUGUUUCCUCCUCUUCAUCGUCACACAGGCACAGCGGUGCGACGCCAGCCAGCGGCCCAGUGGCCAGCCUGGCAGCCGUGCUGAAUUCCUGUGACCCGGUGUGUGUCACCCCGUGUUCCCUACAGGCCAUUCGAGGGCAGCGAGCCGUAGCAGCAGCACAUUCUGCCAGUCCAGGCGGGCACGGAUUUACAUCCACAGAGGUCACGGUGAACCCCGGUGGAUCCAGCAGUUCCAGAACAGGAAUGAACCGUAGGACGAGAGUGGAGGGCACAUGGCUGGGAGGAGAAGACUUCAACCAGAAGGGCAGCUUCAUCCACAAACCCUCUCAAGGCUGGCUGCACGCUGACAAGAAGAUUGCAGGACAAGGAGCCUCUUAUGUUGUCAGGUACAUGGGUUGCAUCGAGGUGUUGAAGUCAAUGCGCUCGCUGGACUUCAACACUCGGACUCAGGUGACGAGGGAAGCCAUCAACAGGCUCUGUGACGCUGUGCCAGGAGGAAAGGGGGCCUGGAAGAAGAAGGCCUUUAACAAAGCUCUGCAGACAGUCAUGGGGAAGAGCAACCUGAGAUUUGCAGGAAUGACCAUAGCAGUCAAUAUUUCCGUGGACGGCCUUGGUCUGCUCGUUCCAACCACACGACAGGUGAUUGCACACCAUCCUAUGCAGUCCAUUUCAUUUGCUUCUGGAGGAGACACGGACACACCUGAUUAUGUUGCUUAUGUCGCCAAAGAUCCAAUAAAUCAGAGAGCCUGUCAUAUCCUUGAGUGCUCAGAUGGUUUAGCCCAAAGUGUCAUCAGUACCAUUGGCCAGGCCUUCGAGCUGCAAUUCAAACAGUAUCUACACAGCCCCCCAAAAGCCCUGGGGUCCAUGGAGAGGCCUGUCAGGAUAGAAGAGCCAAUGUGGGGGGAGGAUGAGGACUUCUCUGAGCAUGAUUACUACAACAGUAUCCCAGGGAAGGAGCCUCCUGUCGGGGGAGUGGUGGACUCCAGACUCAGGCCCAGCGGGUCCCUCCUGGGUCACAUCCACACCCAACCACAGAGCAAGACAGCUGUUCAGAUGGGCUCACCAGCACGGAGGGAGCAAGCAUCUUACCCACCUGGUCAGCUGUGUUAUGAGCUCCACUGGGACACUGAGACGGCCUGCAGCUCAGAUGGUUACCUGUGUGCUGACGGCCAAUCGACAAGCAACAAGGACUAUGAGGAGCAUCAGUAUGUAAACACCCAGAGUCUGGAUAACCUAGAUUCCCUCACACAGAGUUCCGAUGGACACAGAAGAGCCAGGGUGCCCGACAGUCCUAAAAAAGACCUUUUUGACAUGAGGCCUUUUGAAGAUGCCCUGAAGCUCCAUGAGGCCUGUGGUCGAGUUGUUGGGUCCAACAUAUCAGAAGUAGUUGGUUCACAAGCUGGAGGGGGAGGUGUUCGGAUCCUGGAGGACCAGUGGCCCAGCCCACCACGGCGCAGGGCUCCUGUGGCCCCAAAUGAGGAGCAGCUCCGCAGGGAGACCUGGUACCACAGCCGGAUGAGCAGACGAGACGCAGAGAAACUCCUGGUCCGAGAUGGAGACUUUCUGGUCCGGGAGAGCACGACUAACCCAGGGCAGUAUGUGCUAACAGGCAUGCACUGUGGCUUUCCAAAACACCUGCUGCUAGUGGACCCUGAAGGGGUGGUCCGGACCAAAGACAUGUUAUUUGAGAGCAUAAGUCAUCUCAUAUCAUACCACCUGAAAAACGAGCUGCCAAUCGUGGCAGCAGAAAGCGAGCUCCAUCUCAAACAGGUGGUCAGAAGGAAACAGUGAGCCACUUCAUCCUGCCAGGAGCUGAACUCUGCUGUGACUGAGCAAGGAAACUAAUGUUUGAAUCUGGAAAUAUUUUUCUCGGAUUAUUAUUCACCUGAAGGAUCACUGAUACUUUCUUCCCAUACACAUACCUCUGAGGAAAGUGAGCUGUGUGGCAUCACCUUUUACUCUCUCUAUCUGUUGGCUACCAGGGUAAACCAAUAACGUUUGUCAUCUGUCAACUAACUCCUUAGCAUGCAGCUACGAAGCUAACAAGCCAACCCAAAUCUAACAGACUGUCCAGUGCCAGAACUGAAUAUAUUUACCAAGGUCAAAACUUAAACUGAAAACUUUUUGGAAAGGACCCAACCUCAGGAAAUUUUAAAUGGAUCACAUGCACAGUGAAGAGGAAAUAUCCUGCAAAGGCUUUAAUCGUGAAGUGGUUCCUUUUAAUUUGCAAUCACUCCGACAGGAUUCUGCCACAACUGAACACCCCGGAGCAAAACUGAAAAACACGUUUUCUGGUGUGGAGAUGUCAGGUUCCAUACACAGAAAUGUCUGCAUAAAAACAAGAAAUGACUAUAAGUCUGUGACUUUAAGCAAAUGAGGACAUGUCUGUCUCUUUGGAAUGUAAAGACUAAAAACUGUUUUGAUAUGUCUGGUCUGCAGUAUGUAAAGACGUAUUAAGAGAAGUCCUGCACACUGUUGUGUCUCUGUUUCUCCGUGAUAAUCCAAGUAUUCCCCCUUAGUUUUUUUUAAUUACAUAGUGAUAGUACAUUUGAAUUCAAACGGUCUACUGGACAUUUUUUUCUUGUCAGAGGUUUGUCAUUUGUCAUUAAUACAAGUCACAUGUUGUUGAUGAGGGGAUGUUCAUAACAUGAUGAUGAUUGUAUAAGGCUGUGAACAUUAUAGGUAAGACCGUACUCUGUGGUCAACUGUAUAUUCGGGGUUAAAAACAAACUUUUCUGCAUUCAAAAUCCUUAUAUUUGUGUGUGUGUUAUUCCGUAGCCCCUCCUACUUCAGUGCCUUAAUAACUACACUGACAGGCAUUUGUGUCAGAGUGUAUAUAAUGUGCAUUUAUGCUCCAGCUGGAAAAGAUGAGUUUUCUUGCUAUGCCAUUGUUUAAAUAGACCAACUUCAGGAUGAUUAAGCUCUUAUAUUUGUGAACAGUAAUGUAAGCUGCUCUUGUUCUGUUUUGAGUAUUGAUCAACACUUCUACAGUUGUCUUGUUUGUAGUUGUCUUCUAUGUGUCCCUUAGAAGAAUCGCCCUUCAGAAGUCAGAAGUCUGCUGUAAAAGUGAGGACCUCCGGUUUGGAAGUCCUUUAAGUGUCCCGGGCUCAGGAAAAUUCAUCGCCUUAAUGAAAGGCCUUUAUCUCUAUGUGUUUGUCUAUACAUAACAUACAUGUCCGUAUAGUUCCUUGGAUAUGCUAACAACUGAUACUUAUCAUUUCUCCCAUUGUACUACUCUUCAUUUUGGCUAAGUUGUUUGCAUUUCGCUUUCUGGCCCACCAUUGUUCUUAGUGUCAACUUCUAGGAUGCAUAGCAUAUAAAUACAGAUGUGGGAAACCGCAUGAUGAGGUCAUUUUGUGAUUUUCUUUCAUUUUUUUUUUCACAGCUCGUCCCUUUGUUUUCUCAGGAAAUUCUUGGGGCUUUUCUUUUCUGAGUAACCAUGACAGGUUUUGUCCAUGAACACAUUAAAAAA